AUGGACGGCAGGUCGUUGUCGGUGCCGCGCAUCGAGCGCGUGCCGCUCCUGCGGCGAGGCACGGAGGAGGACCUGAUCUCGACGGUGGACCGGCGGAGUCAGUUCUACCGCAUGACUAGGAAGGCCUCGGUCACUCCUGGCGAGGUCGAGCUGGUCACCCCCAGCCUCUUCAACAUCCCCAACGUCCUCACGAUCGCGAGGGUUAUAAUGGUCCCGCUGUUCGCGCUCCUGUACGACCCCCGGCGCGAUAUAGACCCGGCCUUCCCCUUCUACGCCGCCCUGUGCUUCCUCGUCGCGUCCCUCACCGACUGGCUCGACGGCAUGCUGGCGCGCAUGCUCGGACUCGUGUCGGCCUUCGGCGCGUUCCUCGACCCCGUCGCGGACAAGAUCAUGGUCUCCACAGCGCUGAUCUACCUCGCAGUGGACCCCCCGGCGCCGAUCACGCCGGCGAUGAUGGCCGUGCCGGCCUCGCUGAUGAUCGGCCGCGAGAUCUCCAUGUCGGCCCUGCGCGAGUGGGCCGCCGCGUCCUCUGGCGACGCCCACAAGGCAGUCAAGGUGAACACUCUGGGGAAGUGGAAGACGGUGCUGCAGAUGUCGUCGAUGACCGUGCUGCUGUUCGCGCGGCGGCUGCCCGUCGGGCUGUUCCCGUCGCUGUCGGACGGUGAGGACCGGCGCGUGCUGACCACGGUGGUGGCCUUCGCGGGGCUGUGGGGCGCCGCGCUGCUCACCGUCGCGUCCUUCGUCGUGUACUUCAAGAACGCCUGGGAGCACUUCUUCGCCCCCGUGCCCGUCAGGAGGACCGCGCGCAAGAAGACCAAGUAG